GAAGCAUCCAUUUUUGGAAGCCAUAACCUCAAACUAGCAUCAUCAGAGAGAAGCCGCGAAACCGAAGGCAAGAAAAGGCUUACGAAUCAUCUUCUCUAUUCGAUUUUUCAAGUUCAUUCUCCAGUCUCGAGUCCUCCGCUUUCAUGGAGUUACAGCAGGAGCAAACUCCGUCGGUAUCCAUAGAAGAUUGCUUGAAGCUCUUGAAAGGAGAGAAGGACGAGCAGCGUCUCGCUGGCCUUUUCUUGGUUACUAAAAUUUGCAAGGUGGAUGAUAUUGCCUCGCUUACUAGAGUUUACAAUGCGGUUGGAGCGAAAUUUCUUGAUCGGCUUCUGAGAACUGGCAUGGGCAAAGGAACUGUUAGUGGACCUGGAGAGGAUAAUCGCGAUGCGUAUUUGCAGCUUUCAGUUAGGAUUCUGGUUGCGUUUUGUCACGUUCCUGAUAUUGCUGCUUCAGAAGAGAUGAUCUCGAAGAUUCCACUGAUACUGGAAAUCUUAUCCAACCAGUCAGGAUCAUCUGUUUUGGAGGAGUGUCUUGAAUUUCUGUAUCUGGUAUCAACUACUUCUGACGCUGGUGUUACGGUUCUAUAUAAAUCUGGAAGCCUGAAAAUUAUAGCUUCUUGGAUGUCAAAGUUGGCAGAUGGUUCCCAUCCAAUGAAGAUUUCCAUGCAACUUGUUCAAUUGAUCAUUAGUAAGAUUUCUCUGGACAUCAUCAUCAUCGACUGUUUGCCUGAACUAACUGAUAUUGUUGUUGAUAUUGCAAGGCAAUUUGGAGUGUCCCACGAUGCUUUGAAGUUUGAAGCACUUCACCUGCUUUCUGCCAUCCUGUCCUCAAAUUUGACACCACUUUAUGAUGCCCUUCGUCAAGUGGCUUCCGAUGUUUGGUCAAAACACAUGCGUAAUGGAGUUUCAGCUAUUCUUCAUAACCGUACAGCGCCUGCCGAAAAGCUUCAGGCUCUUAGUUUGGCCGAGUCUAUGGUAUCUAUUAGAGGAGAAGGUUGGCUGAUGGGUGAAAUAGAAUUACCUGAUGUUCAAGAUGCUAUUCCAUCUGACAGGUGUCUAAUACUUGUCUUAGAGCAGUCAAGAGUUGAGAUUGCUGUGAUGCUGAAUGAACUGGCCUAUGCAAAAUAUGAAGCUUCCAAGAAUUCUUCCUUGAAGGAGGAUAUCAAUGUAAAGCAGCGGAAUGUAGCAACUGCCUUCUCUUUGGUGGAAAAGAUAAUUAAGUUAGUAUCAAAUGUUGGUGAAGAUCAAGGUGAUCUUAUGGAUGAAAACACACUGAUGAAAGUGUUUAGAGGACUAAAUGAGACUACUGGUGUUGUGCUAGAAUAUUUGCAAGAUGCAAAGGAGCAUGGACAAAGAAAAGGAGAUGAUAUUUUAGCAUCUGUACGGGUUAUUGGGAGCUUUCUCGCACAAACCCCCGAUGCAUGGACGGAAAAAGUUAAGGAACUCUUGGACUAUAUGCUCUCUGUUGAAGGAGAAGAUGAACAGAGCCCCUUCAACUCCGUGUGCUUCUUGCUUCCCAUGCUAUGUCAAAUAACAAUGAAUGUUGAAGGAUGUAAAACUUUGGUUUCUUCUGGAGGUCUUGCAGCUGUUGUGAAAUGCCUUAUAAAUUUGAUUCACAAGCACGGUGGGUGGGUUGACAAUGAUGGAUCCAUCUUCUUGGCUUGUGAUACCAUCUUGAAUGUGCUUCUGAAGAAAGAGCUAGCUGGACUUCUAUGUGGGGAAUCAUCUUUUGUUCACCUUUUGGAAGCAAUUGCAAAUUCAACUGAGGAUGCCCAUGAGCCAUCUGUUAUAAUGAUGGCUGCCAGCAUAUGUGCCUUAGUAUUUGAUUACACGUCAGAGAAUGCUCUUCUAAGCAAUCCGAAUUUUGCUGAUAAAUCUCUCGAUAAGUUAUGCCGACUCUUUUCAAGAAUCUUCGCUUUGUCCCAACAGCAGAGCAUGAACGAUGAUGAAAUGGCACAGAUGGAUCUUUACGAGAUUAUCGUGGCAGGAUAUUCUCGAUGGGGAGAUAGGUUCCCGCGUGUUCAAAAGGCAAUCGGGAUUGCACCAAUGUGAUUAUCGAUGUAAUCAGGAAAAGAAGAAUAUCACCAUCCCCUCCUUUCUGCACGCCAUUAAUUGGAGUAAGUGUAGUCUGCACCACAAGUGAAGUUUAAUUUUAUGGUGUUGAUAAUGUAGACAAAUUUUAAAUAUUAUUAAAAAGGUUAGACUUAGAUGUGUUUUAAAAAGAAGUUAGAGAAUCAGGAUAAAGGUAGGGAGAAAUAAACAAAUUUAAAGUCUUAACUACAAUUAAAAAUUAGUUAGUAUAAAAGAUGCACAUGUUAGAA